AUGACGAGAUGGAAACAAGGGACAGGUCGCGCGCUUGCUGGACUGGUGAUCACCCGCCGAGCUGAGGCAAAGAGAGGGCGAAGCAACUUGGACCAAACCACAUCGGGGACGUGCACCAAGAAUCUUGGUGAACGAACGGGUAGCAAGAGAGGCCGAAACAAGUCCCUUUUGCACGACGGUCAAGCCUGCACACAGCAGCAGCGAGAGCCGCUAUGUGACAGACACACCCGUUGCAUUCGGCGUGUUCAGAGGUAUACAGUGCAUAGUAAAAAAAGUAACUUGGUGGUGGUCGUGGUGGUUGUUGUGACGCCGCUUGGACCAACUAGCGUCUGUGUAGGUUUAGACCUGAGUUUAGUAAGCGUUGCGAUCCAAGUGGAACGCGAGACCGUGGCUGAGUUUACUCCUGGCCAAAAGGCUGGCCCCGGCAAAGCUCCCACCUGCCGUUGCGAUGCUGUUUUGCUGCCGCUGGCUGGAAGGCAAGUGACGUCAACUGCGUCUGCUAACUUAGCCGGGGGGUGGGGCGGAGUCAACGUUCGCUGCUCCUUCUCUUCGUUCUACACGAGAUCCAUGAUCGGGGUCGUCGUCCCGGGACAAUCCAUCGCUGCUGAGACCUCCCUAACUAGCUAG